CUCUGGUCUGGGCUGUCGCCGCAGCCCGGCUGAGCUUGUUUCGUCGGGAGGUACCUUCCCAAGUUCGCCUUACCGUUUAAGGGAGGCAGGGGGGCGUGAUGGCUCCCCCACGGAAAGGUGACCUGAGCCCGGAGGAGAAGGAUUUACUGGGAGUGAUCGCCGCAGGAAACACCGAGGAGGCUGGGAGGCUACUGGGCAGCAAGAAUGUCCGUGUCAAUUGCUUGGAUGAGCAUGGCAUGACCCCUCUGAUGCAUGCAGCCUACAAAGGGAAAGUAGACAUGUGCAGGCUGCUCCUGCGACACGGAGCUGAUGUCAACUGCAAUGAACACGAGCACGGAUAUACUGCCUUGAUGUUUGCUGGGCUUUCAGGAAACAAAGAAAUCACCUGGAUGAUGUUAGAGGCUGGAGCAGAGACUGAUGUUGUCAACUCUGUGGGGAGGACAGCCGCUCAGAUGGCAGCUUUCGUGGGUCAACAUGACUGUGUGACCGUCAUCAACAACUUCUUUCCACGUGAAAGGCUGGACUACUACACUAAACCACAAGGCCUAGACAAAGAACCAAAACUGCCUGUGAAAUUAGCUGGGCCUCUUCAUAAAAUUAUUACUACUACAAACAUGCAUCCUGUAAAGAUUGUGUUGCUGGUAAAAGAGAACCCUCUGUUGGCUGAAGUGGAAGCACUGCAGAAAUGUUACAGGGUUCUGGAUCUCAUUUGUGAGAAAUGUAUGAAGCAGAAAGAUAUGAAUGAAGUCCUUGCUAUGAAGAUGCACUACAUCAGCUGCAUCUUCCAGAAGUGCAUUACAUUCUUAAAAGAGCGAGAGGAUAAACUAGAUGGAUUGAUCAAGAGCCUCUUAAAGGGGAGAGAGAAAGAUGGUUUCCCUGUAUACCAAGAGAAGCUAAUUCGAGAAAGCAUCCGAAAGUUCCCUUACUGUGAAGCUACAUUGCUGCAGCAGCUCGUCAGAAGUAUUGCCCCUGUUGAAAUAGGUUCUGAUCCUACAGCUUUUUCUGUACUUACACAAGCUAUUACUGGCCAAGUGGGUUUUGUGGAUGCUGAAUUCUGUACAACCUGUGGAGGAAAAGGAGCAGGCAAAAGGUGUUCAGUAUGUAAAAUGGUGAUGUACUGCGACCAGAACUGCCAGAAAAUACACUGGUUUACCCACAAAAAAGUCUGCAAGACCCUGAAGGAAAUUCAUGAGAAACAAGAACUAGAAGCUGCCAAAGAAAAAAGGAAACAAGAAAAAAGGCAAAAGAAAGAAGAGGCACAACUAGCAGAGGGUGGUUCUACAAGGGAAGAACAGUCAGAUCCUGGUCCAAAUGCUACCAAAGAAGUGGACCCAAAUCAUGCUGCUGACCAAAAGGAAGAACCUGAAUGUACCAAAGAGGUGGAAGCACUAUCUGUGAACCCUGAAAGUCCCCAGGAAAGUGAGACUGGCUUAGAUGACAUUGCUCUUCAGAAAGCUCAAGAUUCUGAGGAGUAAGAAAGAGGGUAGGAAGGGACUAAAAGCACUGGGAAGCCAACUGUCAAACUGCUUUUUUACACCAUUUUAGGAAGUGUUAUCUGAAGGAAUUCAGUAGCAGUUAAAUUUCUGAAGGGACUCAUCUGAAUUCUGAACUUGUCGUGACAUUACUGUAAAUCUUUUUGACUCAUGGGUGCCCCACAAUAGUGUCCAUUUCGUGGCAGUUUUAUUCAAUGAUACAGCUGUUUCAGAUAUCUCAGGCCAACUGUGAAAUGUGUGUUUCAGCAGAAUUAGGUCACUUUUGGUUUGGUCAAAAAUAUUCCAAGUUUGUCAAAGUGUAAUGAAGGGAAGACCAAUAUUACUUACAGUAUUUUGAGUGAGAAUAGUUAUUUUUCAGGUAAAGAUGCAGAGCACACUGGGAUUUUGCUUAUGAAUUAUUUCAUAAACCUAAAAACUGCUUAAUAUUGUUCAUGCUGAACCUGGUCACAGUGAAUUAGAUGGGAAGCCUCAUGUGCAAAUUCAUGUGAGAUUUCACUUAGGCCUCCAAUUAAGACCAUAGUUAGAAAAUAGCUUCCUUUAACUGUGCUGUUUUCACUCAGAUUUGCUACUGUCUUAUGAAAUCAAUGGGAAUGACAUAACCAAAAGCAUCACUUGCUGCAUUAGAAGGGAAAAAGUAAAAAUUCUCCAGUUGUUGGAUGAAUACUUGGUGUUUUGAACAUGCCAGUCUUCUUCAACUUAGAGGAAUCAGGACCAUCCUCAGAGGGAAAAAUACUAUUAAUUUUGUACUAUUUGCUAGACUGAAAGUUUUUGUUUAAAGUGAUGAAAACUGUAAAGAGUGAGGAUACAUAAAUGCACCUGUGCAGGGAAUGUUGCUGUGUUUUCACUUCAAGGAUUAGCAAUUGGUGAAGAAUAAAGGGAAGUUUUUUACAAGAAA